AUGGGUCAGAAGACAAGUCGACAGGCCAGCGACAGGGUUCCCGAGUCGACGCCUGCUGGCGAACAUAGCCCAGUCCGUAGGCAAGCGGGCGGCGGAUCCUCUGCCACACCGACAGCCGAUGCCCUAAUCUAUGAGGACGUCAGCCAAUCUUCUAGUGGAUGGGCAACUCCUGACAUCGAGUCCCGUUCCGACAUUGCCGUAUCGCGGAGUCUGCUCCAGUUUAGCAUCGACCUACUGCGGGAGAUGCGACGGUCGGCCUCAGCUGGCGCCAACGUGGUCCUGUCGCCCUACGCAGUCGCCAGCGCACUUCACGAACUGCUUGUCGGCUCACGUGGCGAGACGGCAGCCCAGAUCGCCACCGUGCUUCACGUUGCCGCUGGAGAGAUGGUUACCCACUACUUCACCGAGCGAGACAGUGGAAUUCCCCAUCGACGGCGCAGCGAGCCCCAGCUUCGCUUCGACAUGGGCUACGUGAACAGCGUGCAUCAUGACCGCAGCGUUGGCCGCACUGUUGGGGCCCAGGCCCUUGGAGGAAUGGUGAUUGGCGAGCGACUGGAGCGCUUCAGCUGGGACUUCGUGCACGCCCCCGAACAGAGCUGCGAGGAGAUCGACCAGUACGCGAGCCUCUACACGCGCGCCUUCGAGCACGAAGAGGUCAUGGCCAAGGGUUGCAUCACCACGUCCACGCGUGUUUGCCUCCUGAGCGCUGUGGAUUUUCGGGGAUCAUGGCGCUACGCCUUUGACGACCGCUCGGCCACCCGAGAGCCUUUCAGUGAGGCAGACGGCACCACCUCUGCGGUCAUCAUGGUGCACCAGAAGGGGCACUUUCCCUUCGCGAAGUGCCCUGAGCUCAAAGCAACGGCCUUGCUGCUUCCGUACCAAGCGCCCGGUGGGGGAGCUGGUGGUAAGGCUUCGGGGCCUACCACUCCUCAAGAUGGCAGCAGUCCGCCCACCCACGAAGCGCAGCAUGGGCCCGAGUUCUCGCUGGUAAUCUUUCUCCCGGACGAACACAACGGGCUUGAAAGUGUAGAGGCCAAUCUGAGCCCCGUCACAGCCCUGCAGUGUCUCGGCGAGCUGCGACCACGGCGUGAGAUCAGUGUCAGCCUGCCCCUUUUCAAAGUCAAGCAGGUCAUGGAACUAGCCCCAGUCCUGUCGGCACUGGGAGUUCGAGACGUGUUCAGUGACCGGGCCCUGCUUUGGGGCUCGAAGGCGGGCGAGAAACGGGUCUCGAUGAUGCGCCAUGCCGCUGCCUUCGAGACGGCGAGGACGGGAGGCCGCCACCAAUCGCGCACCACGAUGCAGGCGGGCCAGCUUGGUGCGGCCCUCGUACAAGGACUUACCUCCCUUGUAAAGACCCAGCAGCACGAAGAUGAGUUCGUCGUGAACAGGCCAUUUCUGUUCUUUCUAAUCUGCACGAACCCGGACACUCUGAUACUGCUUGGGUCGGUGCGCAAGAUAACCUGGUGA